AGUAGUCCGAGGUACAAGACAGUUGUGAAUUUUUUUUUGUGUUGUCUUUCACAUUUGUGUUUUUCAUCUCAAUGUUAGCGCCAAAAGUAUAAGAAAAGAAGAAAUAUCCGUGUGGAGCAAACAUACGUAGUGGAGUUAGAUGUGAAGUUUAGUGAAGAACGUCGAUGUGUCAUAAUCCUUUGUUUUAAUACUUUUAUACCACAGUUUAUAUUGUUGUAUAAAAAAAUAAAUAUACGUAUAAUAGGUAAACAAAAAGUUUCGUUAUUAUUAUCGUAUUAUAGAAAAUAAUCGAAAUGGAUCAUUUGUACCAAAAAGUUAUCGAAAAAUUGCAGUCACAAAUUAUAGAUGAUGUUAAUGUCGAUUGCGGUGUCAUGGAUCGUUUAAAAAAAGAUAAUAUUUUAAGUUAUGAUGAAGUUGAUCUUAUCAGUCGUCAAAAGUCGAGAGAAGCAAAAAUAAAACUAUUACUAAAAAUAUUAUUCAACUGUGGUCCAUAUGCAUUAAAAUCAUUUCACGAAUCUUUGGAAAUGGCCUACGAGUGGUUAUAUUCAUCCAUUACAACCGAAUUAAAAAAAAAUAAAGAAACAUUUCAUGAUACAUUCAUGUAUGAUACAACAGAUUCAUAUAGAUCUUCAAUCAUGCCAAUGCCUCCAGAAUUGAAUGUCGAUCGAAAAAAAAAAAUUGAAGAAUUAACAAAUGCACUAAAGGAGUUAUCACCAGAAAAAUAUGUAGUCUUACAUGGAAUGAAAGGAUAUGGAAAAUCUUGUUUAGCCAGCAUGACCUUAAGAAACUCACCAAAUAUUCGAAAACAUUUUAAAGAUAUUUGGUGGAUGAAUUUUGGAUGUAAAGAAUCUCUUGAAAAUUUGAUUCAAACACGGUUGUAUAGUUUAUACCAUAAAAUCAUAACUUCAAAUUGUCUUCAUAGUAUUUUAAAUUCACAAGAAGCAAUAACAAAAAUACAAAUCGAUGACGUACGUCGUGAACUCAAAAAACAUUUUGAGGAUUGUUCUAUGCAUAUGAAUUCAUUAUUAGUUCUGGAUGAUGUUUCAGACAAAAGGAUUAUUGAAACAUUUGAUUUUCACUGUAAAAUAUUAGUAUUAACGACUGACGUUGAAGUAUUAGAUAAUCAUAGUCACGACGGGUCAAUCAAAAAUAGACAAAAAAAAAUAAUCAAAAUGCAUGAUGGUUUUACUGAAGAAGAAAGUUUGCAAUUAUUUGCAAAUGCUUUGAAUACAGAAAAAGAAGCAUUACCAGCUGAAGCCAAAAUAAUACAUCAUGAUUGUGGAGGAAUGCCUAUUUUAAUAGCUAUGUUUGCUGCUCAAUUUCAAGAAUUUGGUGAUGAUAUGAAAAAAAAUCGUGACCGUUGGCAGUAUUAUAUUGAAGCAAUACGGAAUAAAGAUGUUUCUACAAAAAUAGUUGAGAAGUCAAUAGCUAAACAAACAGCAAUAUUUGAUAUGUGCAUAAAACAAUUAUCUGUGGAAGAAAAAUCAAGAUAUUUUAAUUUAGCAAUUUUUAGUGAAGAUGUAAAUAUUACUCCUAAAACAUUAUCCAUUUUGUGGGAUGAUAAAAUUCUUAGAGUUGAUGAAUUUAUGGUAAAUUUACGUAAAAAAUCUCUUGUCUUUAAAUGGUGGAACGAAGAAUUAGAUACGUAUAUUUAUGGUGUACAUGAAUUAUUAUUAUCUCAUUUGAGAAAAUUAAAUAAAUCUAAUUUGGUAGAAAUGCACAAAGAAUUUGUGUUAAAGUAUUUUAAUCAUUGUAAUAAUGAUCUGUCACAACUGCCAACUGAUAAUUAUAGUUACUCGUACAUAGGACAUCAUUUAGAAGAAGCUCAAAUGUAUGAUGAAUUCAAAAAAGUUUAUUUGGAUUUUAAAUUUAUCCAAGCUAAAAUAUGCAAUAGUGGAGUAAAUGACUUGUUACUUGAUUUAAAAAAGUAUAGACGUUAUAUUAAAAUGAGUAACAAUCCUGCACAAGAAGAAGAAAUUGAAAAUAAAAUAAUUGAUUUAGAAAAUUUUCUAAAAACAUACGCGAAAACAGUUGCUGAAUAUCGAAACAGAGGUUGUCUUGAUCUCAUUCAAAUGGCUUUAAGUUCCAACACUAAUCGAGGAUUUGUGUAUGAAACAGCUAAAAGUUUAGCCAGCUCUAAAGCAAAAGAAUAUUUAUAUUUAUUGAACAAUUAUAAACCACUAGAUGAUCAUAUGAUACCUCAAGUUCAUCAUGAAGAGUAUCAGGAACCAAGAAGUACUGAAGUAUGUACAAUUCAUUUCACAGAUGAUCCAGAUAAAAUAAUAAUUGGAGGAAAAUCAGGAAAAUUAACUCGAUGGGAUUUCAGUGAAGCAAGAAGACAUAUCUUCUUUGAUGGAUUUGAUCCAAAAUCAAUUAUUACUAAAGUCGUUGUAUCACAUAAUGGCAAGUUCUUUAUUGCACUAAAUAAACAAUCAAUAAUUAAACUAUUUAAUUUAUCGGAUAUUGAAGAGAUUGAAGAUGCCUGUAAGAAAAUAUAUCCAUCAGAAAGAUUACCAAUACCAAGUACCCCUAUAGAAAAGCAAGUUUUUUGGACCAGGAGAAAUAACGGUGAAGUAGAAGACAUGAGUCUGGCAACUUUAACUAUGGAUAGAGGCCUAGAUAUCUGUGAUAUUACUCUUAGUUUCGAUGAUCAAACAAUUGCUGCGUGUACAAUGACUGGAGUCAUCAAAGUCUGGAAUAUACUUUACGAGAAGAAAGAAAUAAAAAUUACUGAAAUAAAAAUUGAAAAUGUACAUGAAGAUAAACCCCAGCAACAACUAUUAGCUUUUUCCAUAGAGGGUCAUCGUCUUAGUAGAGUUAAUAAACAUGGUGAUAUUUAUGUAUUUGUUUUGCGUAAUAACGAAUUCCGUUAUACAACUUAUAUUAAUCCAUUGAACCAAAAUGAAGAUCUACAAGAAAAGCUUAUAUAUUUCAAAGAAAUAAAAAAAAAUAAUAUUCACGAAGAUGAAAAGGAGAAAGAUGUAAUGAAUUAUAUUCUUGUAACAGGUACUACAGUAAUACAUGGUACUUUCGCAACUGGUUUUGCGAAUCCUCGUAAACGAAUUCUUACUACAACCAAUAAGAAUACCAAAUUCACUGCUGCUACCCUAACACAUGAUGAACAGUAUUUAAUAACUGCAGAUAAUGAGGAUUUAAUAAAGAUAUGGAAUAUUGAUAAUUCAAACAACGAACCAGAAAAGAUUUACAAAGAACGUGCUACUGUAUUAGAUACAUAUUAUGAUGAUUAUCACAUAAUUGCAUGGGGUAAUAAAAGUUAUAUUCAAAAAAUGAUUUUUCAACCUCACGUUUCAAAAACUCCACAAGUAGUCACUUCAAUUUUUGAUGCAGUAAUACAUCCAAUAGGUAAUGAGAAUGAAGAAAAAGAUGAAGAUGUUGUCAUUCAAGACAUCGAUAGGAAAAAGAUAAAGUUAUCCAUCUUUAAAGAUAUGAUUGAUGCUCGGGGAAAAAUACUUCAGUUGAUGUUAAAUUCUAAGGGUGAUAAAAUUUUCUAUGUUGAGAUGUACUUAGGAAAAAGGCUUUGCCGUUAUAACAUAGAGAAUUAUGAACAAAUCGUAAUUUUAGUACUGCCUCCUGAUAGUGACUUCAUGAAAUUUAUUGAAUAUGAAGAUCAGUUUUCUAAUAAGCACGUUGUCAUUGCAUGGAAAGGGAAUGCGAUAACAAAUGAUAAAUUUAACCCGAAAAAAAAUUUAUGGCUGAUGAAUUGUGACAAUACAAUCAUAUAUGGUUUCAUUGAAGAUGUAGGUGAAGUAGUAGCAUUUCAGAAAAUGAAUGAUAAAUAUGCUAUUGCGAUAAGUGAAGAUGAAAAAUUUAUAGUUUGGAAAAUGAUAAACCAUGACAUUCCAGAGACACGUAAACAAGAAUUAAUUUGUGAACAUUUUGAAAACUUCAAAUCAGAAUCAAAGAUUUGCUUUAGUACUUCAAGUUCAGAUGGUAGUAUGUUGGCAGUUUUAAAAGCCAACUCAUGUUUUCAUUUAUAUACUAUCCAAUAUGAUGUUCAAAAGGAUGAUAAUCCGAAUGAAACUUGUACUAAAAUCGAAUUGUAUUUUAAAGGAUAUGAUCCUCAUCAUAAUUUAAUCUCAUGUGCAUUUUCACCAGAUAACAAAUAUCUAGCAAUUGGAACAUCCACCGGAGAAGUUUUGUUGUUUAAUAUGAUGUCAAAAGAAUGUGCCAUUCAAGGCAUAUGUAUUCUUCAUAAAAGUCCAAUUUUACAGUUACAUUGGGCACCUAGUAAUAUAGGUGUACCAAUUCUUCUUUCUAUCAACUGUGAUGAACUAGCCUGGUGGAAAGCUGAUUUAAUAAUCAAUAAAGCAAAUGAAAAGAAGCGACGGAGUCGAAUGGGAAUGACAAGAAGUGCUACUAUACCACCAUCAAGUUCAAGUGGAAGCUUAAAGAGUUUAUCUUUAGAUCUUUUACCUAAUUUUAGAGAUAUAGACAGUCCAGAUGGAACCAUGAAUGUAAGUCUCGAGGAAAAUAGCAAUAAUCAUGACAGUAUUGAUAAGAAGGCUUAUGAGUUUUGGUCGUCGAAAAAAGUUCUGUAUGAUAAUAAAUGGCCAGGGUUAUUGGGAUUAGUUCAAUUGCAUCCUCAUGGUCGAGGAGCAAAAAUAUGUGUCUCGAGUGAUUUUAGAAAAUUUCUUUCAGUAGACACACAAGGCUCGAUUAAUAAAUUAACAUUAUUUCAAUUUCAAUAAUGAAUUAAUUCAAUGACUGAUGUCAACGUUAUUGUUUUGUGGUAAUUAUUUAAAAUCAGGCUUUAUGGUACACGCAAUUAUGCCAUAAAUCUGUUAAAAUGAAUUGAUAAUUUUAAAAAAAAAUGCCAUAUCGAAAGAAAAGAAAUUUUGAAUCAGUGAUAAAAUACAUGCGAUGGGAUAAGUGCAAAAUUUUUAAAAAUAAAAAUCGAAUAUUUUGUAUGUUGAAUAUAUAUGCAAUUUAUAUAGUAUAUUUUGUACCAAGGGAAGAAAAGUAGGUUGACUUAACCACAAAAUUACAACGUAAACCGAAAGUGAUGACCUAAUUAUCUUCCUAAAACUCGUGUACAAUUUUGCAUCAUGCCUACGUGAAAAGUUCUGUGAGAAAAAUUGAACCUUUCGCUAAGGUAUAAUGAAAAGUACUAUUUAGCUUAAGAAUAUUAACUUAUUUUAGUAAUAAUUCUAUGUUUUAAAUGAAUCAAUAAUUAUUGGGCAUAAAAUUUUCAAAAUUAACUAUUUUUUUUUUUAAUUAGUAAGAAAUUAUUCUUUUAUCAAAUUAAUUUUUUAUAAUCGAAAAGAAUAUAGAGAAUAUGCCAAACACUUUUUUUGGUGCUUUCUUAUGGUGCACAAACAAUAGUGCAAAAUAUAAUUAAAUACCUUAUUUUAAAUAAUUACCGUUUUCAGAUACAUAGUUCAUAAAUACACAAACAUUUUUGUAUGCAUUUACUCGAUAAGACUCGAAUUUUUUUAUAUUUAUACUUGCAUUUAUUUUUAUAUAAAUUCGUGAUUAUUCUGCAUUUAAAAAAAAUCAAACUUACACAAA